AUGUCUAGCCCAGUGUCCUCCGUCAACCUCUCAGUUCUCAGUCUCGCUUUAAGCUCCUGGCUAGACGGCUCCGCCCAACUCCGUCGCUCACUCAUCCUCUUCCCUCUCGAGCUUGGCAUUGCUCCCAGUCACGAUUCCAAUUCAUCAUCAAGCCCAGCACUAGCAUCACAAGAUGAUUCCGACCCGCCACGAAGAGAAACGGAACCAAUUCGGCUUGUCGAUAGGUGUUUACAAUGGUUCACGAAGCCAGCGAGAGACCUGGACGAAGUUGAGAAGGUCAUCGUUGGUGCUUUGGAUCUCUCGUCGUCUGUCUUACUGUUGAAACUAUUGGGAUCGGGGCCUAUCCUGCCUUUCAUUCUCAAUCCGCUGAGCAUUACUCUAGCGCUACCACGGAAGCUAUCGCUCGGCCCUGUGAGAUGGUCUCAGGUGGUGCUCUUAUGUUUUCUCCUAUCAACACUUCACGAAGCACAGCGCACGUCGGUCGCUACCGGCAUAGCCUGGCUACGAAUGAAGAAGGCAGCAAAAAACGAAGCUAAUGUCGGCGAAGUCGUCCUUCGAGGCGAGAAGCUUGAAGAAACCAACGAAGACGAAGACGACGAACCCUGUGUCAUCUGUUCAGGUGGCCAAUCCGAGGGAACAACGCUCUCCGACUCCAUCUCAAGCAUCACUUCCCUCUCAACAACUCACACUACAAAUACAAACUCAAACUCAAAUACAAACUCAAAUAUCCCAGACCCUGGACCGCUAGAAGCCUUCUGCGUACACGCACCAACCAAACACCCAAUGCACCGCUCGUGCUUCCUCGCAUGGAAAGACGCAUACUGGGAAGCCCGCGCCUCUCGACCUAUCAUAACCCUCGUCAGCGACGACUCUGCUGUCCCGUUACCAGGGACCUGGCAAUGGCGAAGAGCACAAGCGAUUCUCGCUUCGCUCGGUGCGCGAAUAUGGAACAUGACGUAUUACGUCCCGCUCGCACCUGCAGAGUUAACAGAGUCGACCGGUGUGAACGGUGUCGGCGAAACUGGGAAGUAUGGUCUCUGCUUGGCCACCCUGUCCAGGCUGUCGAUCCGCAGUAAAGAUGACCUUUGCUCGCGCCAGGUCAAGUCGACAUCCAAAUUCGUCGUCAAAUGGCGGACGAAGUAUGCUUUCGAAAUUACUCUGCGUUUGGAUCAAGUCGUGGAAACAGUUAGUGACUGGUCGGACUAUAAUUGUGAAGACUGCUACUCAGGUGUUAUUUGCUGCUUUCCUGGUGUCGAUGAUGAGGAUGAGGAAGUCGAAUACUCGGCAUUUGCUCAUUUCGCGACGUGUAUAGUCGUAUGCUUGGGAUGCCUAUCGGGGAGGACGUUCGCGAAUCUCGGCGUAUAUAUCUGA